UGACGUCAGGUAAAUAUCUUCGAGAAUGAACAAUAUUAAUCAUGCAAAGGAUUUCUGAACAACUCCGUCGCCUUUUUCUACGAUUUAUGCGACAUAGCUGGUGGAUUUAUGAAACAGGUGUAGCAAUUUCAAUUGCUGUUCCCCUUUGUCUCCAAUAUCUAUGCGAGGAGCCUCAACUAUCGCUGACCCAGCAUGCCCUAUCCCCGGUCGUGACAGAUCUGGGAUUUGAAAUAGAAGCAACCUGCAGAUACCUGGAAGGUCACUUCAGAUAUCGUGUUUACAAAUACAUUACCAUUCGAGUAACCAAAGUAAUUUGGAGGCUUCAUUUUGAAAGGAGAGCUCCAUUGAGGUACUGCCAUCUUUUCCCGCUGUUUUUGGAGUUCCUGACUCUCCUGAUUGUUGUUGUACUGCCGAUAUAUGACAUAUAUUCCUGUGAAGAACGUCCCCUUGGUGAACUUGGUGAAAUUCUAGAGGCCAGUCUAAACGAUCUUGGAUUUGUGCGGUUAAGACAGUGUACUAGCCUCUCUGUAUACGAUGUACUCCGUCGUUACGUAAUUUUUACCUUGCCCAGGUGUGCCAUCAGGAUGUUCCUCUUGUGGAGGAGGCGCGGGCGACAUGAAGACGGGCGAUGAUGAGGAAAAAGGGGAGGG